GCCUUCCUCAAAUUUCCAAUUUCUUCGUCGUAGAGAAGGAAGCCAUAGCCAUGAAGCUCUCCUUCUCAAUCCCUUCCAAAUCUUCUUCCAAAUCCAAAGCUACUCCGAUCUUGAAUGAUAAGGAGGCCACAGACGACGGCAAUCGCAAGGAGUUCCUCACCGAAUUCGACCCUUCGAAAACCCUAGCGGAAUCAAAGCCGAAGUACGUGAUCCCUCCUAAAGAGAACGAAUGGAGACCCUACAAGAAGAUGAAGAACCUAGAUCUUCCCCUUCAGUCCUCUACUCCCGGUUCCCUCCUCGAAUUCGAGGUCGAGACUCUCUCCAACGAUGCCCAGGGCUCCGACAAGAUCUCCUUCGGUCUGAAUGUUCGCCAGAAUAGCAAGAAUGAUCCAGUUUCGAACGGUGAAGCGGGUGAGGAGAAGAAAUCGGAGCCUGUGGAGCAAGUUUUGCUGAAGAGUUUGAGGGAAGAUCUGGACCGGCUCCCUGAUGAUAUGGCAUUCGAGGAUUACGAGGAUGUUCCUGUCGAGGGAUUCGGAGCCGCUUUGCUUGCUGGGUACGGUUGGAAGCCGGGUCAGGGAAUAGGUAAGAACGCUAAAGAGGAUGUUAAAGUAAAGGAAUACAAGAAGUGGGCUAACAGGGAAGGAUUAGGGUUUGAUCCGAAGAUAUCUAAGGCUAGGGAGACAAAGGCAGAAGUGAAAGAGGGGAAUGGGAAAUCUGACGAGCGUAGAGAGAGUAAUGGUGUAGAUGGGUUUUCCGUUGGUAAAGAGGUGAGAAUUAUUGCAGGUAGAGAGAUAGGCUUAAAGGGUAAGAUUGUGGAGAAAUUGGGAUUGGAUUCAGUUGUUUUGAAGCUUUCCGGUGGUGAAGAGGAAGUGAAGGCGGGUAUUGAUGAGAUAGCAGUUUUAGGUACCAAAGAAGAGGAAAGAUGCUUGAAGAAGUUGAAGGAUUUGAGGAUUAGAGAGGAAAACCAGUCUAGUCAUAAGGAGAAAGACAGAAAAUCCAGUAAACGCAGUAGAGAUACUGAGAGGGGGCAUCGAAAUGAAGUAGAAGUCGUCGUAAAAGAUGACAGGGAACCAACAAGAGACAGAAAACAAAAGAUUUCUUGGCUUAGGAGCCAUAUUAGAGUGAGGGUAAUAAGCAAAAAUCUGAAAGGUGGUAGAUUCUAUUUGAAGAAGGGGAAAGUGGUAGAUGUGGUCGGGCCAAUGACAUGUGACAUAGCGAUGGAUGAGACACGGGAAUUGGUACAAGGGGUGGAUCAGGAGUUGCUGGAGACAGCAUUGCCCAGACGAGGAGGGCCAGUGUUGGUUCUGUUUGGGAGACAUAAGGGCGUGUAUGGGAGUCUUGUAGAGAAGGAUUUGGACACAGAGACGGGUGUUGUCCGUGAUGCAGAUAGUCAUGAGAUGCUUGAUGUUAAGCUCGAACAAAUUGCCGAGUUCAUGGGGGAUCCGAGCGAUAUCGGAUACUAAACAUUUUGUAUUUGGACUGGUGUCGGGCGAAGAGGAGCUGCUGGUAACUUCAGUUCAGUUUGUAGUUGAGUUUAUGUACUAAAUAAGAGGACAGAAUUCAGAUUCCCAUGCUUCGUAUAUGCAAAAGCCUUCAAGAUCAGGGUAUGAAUCUGUAUCAGCUUUGUCAUGUUCCACUAUAUCUGGUUUUGACGCUGGUCCAAUUAUAACGUGUAUUUGGCCUUUUUUUUUAAUUAAUAUGUGAAAAAUACUGGGUUAUUUAAUACAGAUGUAACAUAGUGUAAGGAUAAUUAGUAGAAUGCCUUAAUUUCCUAUGGUUGUAUAAUAUAUGCCCAUUUUCUACAGUUUCAUUACACAAUAUCAAAGCCAACGGCUUGAUGGUUUCUGUA